AUGGCGGCCACCACCUUCUCGCUGGAGGGGUCCAAGUACGAUAUGAACACCUUCUUGGGUCGCGCCCGGUACUGGGGCGAGGCGAUCAACCCUGCGCUGCUCCUCGAGAACGAGAGUACGCUACAGAAGCAUCAGAUGCUGCUCGACCGGUGGAAGGAUGGGCAGGCCCGCAACGUGCCCAGCGCCGACCUCUGGCGCGCGCGCACGGCCGUCGAGAGCUGCAUCCACCCGACCACGCAGGAAGUCAUCCCGCCCGCCUUCCGCAUGUCCAUGUUCCUGCCCAUGAACUACUUCGUUGUCCCAUUCAUGAUGCUGCCGUCGACGGUCAUGAGCGUGGGCCGCACGGUGGCCAUUCAGUGGUUCAACCAGAGCUACAACAGUGCCGUCAACUACGCCAACCGCUCGUCCGACAAGCAGCCAGUGUCGGAGAUCCUGAAGGCGUACACGGCGGCGGUCGUCGUGGCGUGCGGCGGCAGCCUGCUCGCGACCAUGUUGUUGAAGCGCAUCCCGACCGGCACGACCACGUCGACGGUGAUCCGCGCGACGGUGCCUUUCCUCGCCGUCAGCUGCGCCGCGACGGUGAACUUGGCGAGCAUGCGCAAGAACGAGUGGCUCGGCAGCGGGCAGGGCAUCCGCGUCGUCGACGAGGAUGGCGUCACGCGCGGCACGAGCGCCGCGGCCGGGUGGGACAGCCUGAAGAAGUGCAGCGUCGCGCGCGUCAUUUGGAACGCACCGUGCAUGAUGCUGCCGACGCUGAGCGUCAUGCCGCUCAUGCGCGUGAGCCCCUUCGCCAGGCGCCACUCAGCGCUCACCGAGUGCCUGCUGCAGCUGCUCGGCCUCACGCUCGGCGUGCCCCUGGCGCUGGCCGCGUAUGACCUUCACCAGGCCAUCCCAGCCUCGAAGCUGGAGCCGCCGUUCCGCAACCUCAAGCGACGCGACGGCUCACCUGUGCAGACGUUCACGUAUUACAAGGGGCUGUAG